GCCAGGGUCCGGGAGACCAGAUAUAGUGAAUGCAGGGUCCGGGGAGACCCAGAUAUAGUGCAUGCAGGGUCCGGGGAGAGCAGAUAUAGUGAAUGCAGGGGGUCCGAAAGACCAGAUAUAGUGAAUGCAGGGUCCGAAAAGACCAGAUAUAGUGAAUGGCAUUGGGUCCGGGGAGACCGGAUAUAUAGUGAAUGCAGGGUCCGGGGAGACUGAUAUAGUGAAUGCAGGGUCCGGGGAGACCUGAUAUAGUGAAUGCAGGGUCCGGGGAGACCAGUAUGAUAUAGUGAAUGCGGGGU